AUGAGCCUCGCCCGGAGCGCCAAGCUGCACGCACGCUGGGCGUACGGCGGCUGGACGGAUGCCAAUCGCUGGAAGCGCGCCAUGGGACUGGUACAGAUGUCGUCCGAACUGCGGAUGGGACUGCUCAAGGGCCUGCUGCUCAGCACCGCCGUGUGCGCGCUCGUAUACUUUUUCCGUCUCACCAUGCUUCCGUCGCGGACGUGGUACGACGAGGCAGAUUCGUUCGAGAACGAGGAUACUUCCGCCGUGUGGGUCGGCUCGGUCUCGAGUGCAUUCUGGUUAUACCCUCUGAUUGCCGGGAGCUACUUGAUGGCCUCGACCUGGACGACGGGCGUCGCCGAGGCCGCGUACUCUGCACAGAACGUCAAGGUCGCUGGCAUACGCCAGCGCCUGCAGGCGACGACGUGGGUCGAGCACGUGUGCCGCCUUGCGCUGAUUGUCAACUACUCGGUGGUGUGCUUUGGCCUGCAGUGCAUUCCCUACCUCGGGCCGCCGCUCGCGUUCCUGGUCAUGUCGAUGGUCGACGGCUACUUUUGCUUCGAACAGAUCUGGGCGGUGCGGGGAUGGUCGCUGGAAAAGCGCCUCCGCUUCAGCGAGUCGCACUGGUCGUACCUGAUCGGCUUCGGCGUGCCGUCGACCGCCGUGUCCUUUUUCCACCCGAGCGGGCUCUUGAACUUGAUGCUUUUUAUGCUCGUCUUUCCGAUCUGUUCGGUGCUCGCAUUGCUUGCGGAUCCCCAGCCACAGAGCACGGCACUCGGGUCGCAGGCCGCGGUGCUGCCGACUGCGCCGCAGGCGGAUCGCUCCAAGGAGCUGUCGCUCUUGCUCCCUGCGCGUAUUCCCCUCUUUUGGCCCACGGUACGCUUCCGCCGGUUGCUGGUCGCGCACGUCGCGCCGGCCAUCAGCCAGUAUGUCCCGCCCGCCGCGUCGAGCACGCCGCGCAAGAAGUACGACCAAGCCGGCAUGCCGUCGAGCGUCCCCCGCCGCUCCGCCGCGCAGUUUGUGGGCGGUGCGUGGACGAGUGCGCCGGCGACACCGAGCCCGCCAGUCUACGAAGCGCCAGCGCAGCCUGCACCGUGGCAUGCAUCGGCGGUGAGCAUUCCUAUGGCCGCCGACCAAUCGACGCUCGGCGCGCGCAAGUUUCAAAAGAUGGCGUAA